GUAAUCUUACCUCGUUGCUCCGAGUUGCCUGACAUCGGUACUCCUGAGGCACAUAAUUGCAUCCGCAUCGGAAUACCGAAGGCCAACCCCGUUAAUAUGGCUCACACCUGUUACAACGGCUCGGGCGAGUCGUACCGUGGCUCGGCGAGUGUCACGCGCUCUGGCCUGCCCUGCCAGAAGUGGAAGGCCAACUACCCGCACCAGCAUCUACUCACCGCCUCCGACUACCCGGAGCUGAGCGGCGGCCACAGCUACUGUCGCAACCCGGGCGGACGCGAGAGCGCCCCCUACUGCUUCACACUGAACGAGAACGUGAGGACGGAGGCGUGCGACAUCCCCAAGUGUGGCAAGGUAGAACUGGCAACCCACUGGAACUGAGCCCCCUCAAUGGAAAGCUGAAGAAUCCAGUACGCGCGCGCGAGUUUGCGAUGACGAACAUACGUUUCCAGCAGGAGCUGGGUGAGGGAGCCUUCGGCAAAGUCUACAAGGGAGAGCUAAUGGGUCUCAACGGAGACGUAGCCAUAACGCAGGUCGCGGUUAAGACGCUUAAAGAGAACGCGUCCCCCAAGAUCCAGCAGGAUUUCCGGAGGGAAGUGGAUCUCAUGACUGACCUACGUCAUCCGAACAUUGUCUGUCUGAUCGGAGUCUGCAUUAAGGAAGAGCCGAUGUGUAUGCUGUUUGAGUUUAUGGCUCAGGGAGACCUGCACGAGUUCCUCGUCAUGCGCUCGCCGCACUCCGACGUCUCGAUGAGCAGUGGCGAGGACAACCAGCACCUUCUCGACCACGCCGACUUCUUCUACAUCGCCAUCCAGAUCUCCGCCGGCAUGGAGUACCUCUCCAGCCGCCAUUUUGUUCACCGCGACCUCGCCGCGCGCAACUGCCUCGUCGGCGACCAGCUGACGAUCAAGAUCUCCGACUUCGGGCUGUCGCGCGACAUCUACUCGUCCGAUUACUACCGCGUGCAGUCGAAGUCGCUUCUGCCUGUGCGGUGGAUGCCCCCGGAGGCGAUCCUCUACGGGAAGUUUUCGAUGGAGAGCGAUGUGUGGUCGUACGGCGUCGUGCUCUGGGAGAUCUUCAGCUACGGACUGCAGCCGUACUACGGCUACAACAACCAGGAGGUGAUCGAGAUGGUGCGCGGCCACCAGAUCCUGCCGUGUCCGGACGACUGCCCCGCGCGCGUCUACGCGCUCAUGGUCGAGUGCUGGCACGAGGUGCCGACGCGGCGGCCGUCGUUCAAGGAGCUGUACGCGCGGCUGCGCGCGUGGGACGCCGGCAACGCGGCGGCGGCCGCCGUGGCGCUCGCCGGCGGCAGCGUGGCACACUCUAGCAGCACGCAGCACUCGAGCAACGGUCCGAGCGUGCACACGGGCUCGACGAAUCUCAGCGCGUCGCAGAGUCCGCCGCCGGCCGGGCUUCCGCAGCACCCCGCUGCCGCCGCCGCGGGUCGUGGCGUGCUGGGGAACUACAUGCAGAGCGUCGGCGCGCAGCAGUACCGGCCGCAGAUGGUCGUCAACCAGCGGCCGGGCGUCGGCUACUGUCCGCAGAACUCGAUCGUGCGGCCGUACGGCGGCGGUCCGUUGAUGACGCGGCCUCCGAUGAUGCCCUCCGCGUACAUGGUGGGAGACGCAAGGACGUCGAACCUGUGACUAGUGUAAACUGUCUAUCUGGUCACGUCGCGAGAGACGCUAACACAUCAAGCUUGUGACCAGUGUAAACUGAUGUCUAUCUGGUCACAAGACGGUGGAUGCUAACACAUCAAGCAUUUGACUAUGCUGAUGCCCAUAUCUGGUCACAUUGCGAGAGACGUCAAACCUGUGACCAGCGUAAGCUGUGGACGACGGAUGUCUGUAUUUGAGGAUGGACGUCUUGGACCAUGUAUCAAGCAAAGUAUUGGCCUGCGAACAGUAUUUGUGUAAUGCACGCGUGCAUGUGUAAUGUGACACCCUUACGGUAAACCCAGUGACUGCUUGUGGGGGUCGACCGACUGCUGCUCGAAGUACUAUGCUAUUCAACAGUAACUGUAAAUACAUGCGACUUUUGUAUGCUUCUCGAGAGAAAUGUCGUUGCGAUGGUUUUGGUGUCACGUAUAAUCAGAGCUGUCCGUUUUAUUCACCGUUCUGCUUUUUCACGAAGAACAGAUCAUACGUUGAAGGUCGGGCGUUUGUCAGCCAACUUCAGAUUCUUCAUUAUAACGAUGCUUGCUUAGAAUUGAAUUGAUGCAAGGUAUUUUUUAUCCAUUUAUAACUUAUUUGUGUCUAGGUUAAAGGCUACUUGCUAAGAGAUCAGAAGGUUCAUGUAGAGUAAAACCAUAAGUUGAUGGAGUACACUGAUUGUAAAUCUUUGUGCCAUAUUUGUGUUUGGUAGCUUUAAAUUGUAAAUAGAAUAUUAACUGGAGUUGUAUUGAACCCAAGACCGUUGUCAUGUGUAAUUGGGUAUAUGCUAUAUAUACCUUAAUAUCAAAGUUUGACACGCAAUUCAAAAAUUGUGUAUGCUCAUCAUCUCAGAGUGUUGUGUUUGGGGUUCUGUCACUGUUCUGUUUUUUCUUAAAUUUUCUGUUCGUUCAUGCAAACAUGAAGAGCAGUAGAUGAUAGCAUUGCCAAUGGUUUUCACUGCACUGUACUAGUGGUAUUUGAGGAUUUUCGCAUACAGUGCUGACACCUAUCAGAGAGGAAAGCAUAGUUUGCGCUUACUUUUUCAUACGAAUGAAGUGUCUAUGGUUAACAAACAGCUGCUGGAAGGACAUUCAGCCGUAUUUAGAUAAGUUAAGGUGUCCGGAUAUAGGUGUAAACUCGCAAAAGCAAUUAAUACAACCAAUUCACAGCUGCUGUGUAUAAUUGUACACUUUAUUUAUUACCAGUGAGGUUCUAGCAUUAGGCAUUUACUAUAAUCUCUAUUUUUGUACAGAUUUGCUUCUUUGUGUCUUAUACUGUCUGUCGGUUGGUAAGAAAGCUGUUUUGUCUGUUAUUAUUCAGGCUUUAGGUUGCAAACCUGGGUCCACUCCGAUUUCAUGUUUGUCAUUGUGUACGUGGUGAUAUUAUUUUAUCCUGAGCUGGGAAUUCAUUGCAUCACAUCGUGGCAAUAUGCAUGAUGCAUAUUUUGUUCAAUUGUGAUUGUUUACAUGCAUAUUGUAGUUCAUUAAAGUAAGGGUUAAAUUAAAGUUAGCUAAAGCAGGGUACGUGUUCAGUGAGCCAUAUCUCAUUGAUAUAAUUAUCAUCUACUCAAGUGUUUACUUGAACGAAAAGUCUUUUGUACAUACUAAAUGUUGAAGGCAAAAUAAAGUUAUUAAUACUUGUAAAUAUAUGUGAA